UUCCAACGAAAAAGUAAGGCACCGACCAUUCAAACUCGCACCUUAAAACACACACACACAUCACAAAAACGAACAAUUACGCAUCGACUCAUUUUAAAAACUUAAUCAAGGGAACGUCGCCGCCGCUCGCCGCCUUAACCGCCUCUGCUAUAGAGUCGCUUUUCAGCGAGCACUCGUUUGACUUCUGGUUUAAGCGGAUCCAGUCAGGUGAACCUUAUGCCAGGGCCUCUUAAGGGGGGUCCACAGGUAGGUUGGACUUAGUAAGCUCCAGAAGGGGGGCAGAGGGGCACGAGGGAGCCCUGAGCUACACACUACUGCUAGGAUCAUUGGGCUACCAUCUCUAGUUUGGUACAGAAGCAAAACUUAGAACUACUCCUGAAGAUCGUUGGCAAGUUUAAGACAUCGCGCCCGCUGCACCAGCCUGCAUGGUCCUGCCGCACCAGGAACCUGCAAAUUCCCGGAUAUCGCUAGGAUUCACGUCUGUUCGGAUUAACUCAUCGCGCUCAGCUGAGUAAUAGCAGGAACAGAUAAGAAUCAGACACGAUGUUUGCGAUAAUACAGAUUGACAACGACGUUAGUGGGCGCGAGUUCCGUAGAAAAAUGCGCCCAAAGUACGAAUUCAUCUGCAAGUACUGCCAGAGGAAGUUCACCAAGUCUUACAACCUCAUGAUCCAUGAACGAACCCACAAGAGCCCAGAGCUCACCUUCAGCUGCGAGGUCUGCGGAAGGGGCUUCAAGCGCCAGGACAACCUCAAACAGCACAGGACAAUACAUUACUCCACCGCUACAGCCUACAGUUGUUACUCAAGAUGCUAACCAUCAACCAAAAUCAAAACAUUCCUAUUUCUACAGUAUUCACAAAAAAUAUUUAUUACACACUAGAAUGUUAUUGCAUGUUGUACAUAUCUCAAAUUUAUUUUUAGUUUUCCCUCGAACCUAUAUCGUAAGUUCUAUUUAUAAAACCCUCUCAAUUAAAAUUAGCGCCAGACUACAGAACGUCUAGUCUAAAAAAAUGUACUUUUUAUGAUUAACAAUUAAAUUGUCAUUGUUAAUAAGUGCAAUUCACUUUAAUUAUAAUGUAGUAGGAUCUUAUACCCCCAGACUUGUACAGUCUCGCUUUUUGUUUUCCUAAUUCUUAGUUUAAGUAAUAACGUACUAAAUCAUGUAAAUGUCGUAGUUGUCUGAGUACUUUUUGCCCCAGCAAAAACUACAUCAGUGCUUGUGUAGCAAUUAAGAGUGCGCAAUCCCUAAGUAAGUUAGCAUUAUAUUUAUUAACUUAUAGAGCUUUAUGUGAAUUAAAAAUGAACCGACGCA